UUCGUUGUUAAAUGAGUUGAUUAUUUUGAUCUGAUAGUGUGCUAUUUGUCCCUACUUUAAAUCAGUAUUUUAUACCUUUAUUAUGCCUCUAAAUGACUACAUUCCAUGCAUGAACGUUGACCGAAGGCAUGGACGAGAUGAAACUGAGCUAAUAACAAGUUAUUUUCAACAAGGGUUCACCAACCAUGAAAUUCUAGAAUUUCUUAAGCUUCAUGGAAUAGAAUUCAGCUUAUCGACACUUAAAAGAAGAUUAAGAAUCCUAGGACUUCGAAGACGUGUUCCAGCCGAAGAACAAUUGACACAAGAGGAAAUCGAGUGUAUUGUGGAGAUUGAAUUAGCUGGCAGUAAAUGCAAUGUUGGAUAUCGCAAAAUGUGGAAACAUAUAUCAACUAAGUAUGGUAUUACUGUUCGAAGGGACGUUAUUCGAAAAUGUUUGGUAAAACUAGAUCCUCAAGGAGUGCAAAGUAGAGCAAAGAAAAGGCUUCGAAGAAGAGCUUAUUCAUCUCGGGGACCCAAUCAUAUAUGGCACAUAGACGGCCAUGAUAAGUUGAAACCUUUCGGGUUUAAUAUACAUGGGUGCAUUGAUGGUUUUUCCAGAAGGUUGAUCUGGCUCGAAGUGGGUCCGACUAAUAAAAAUCCUCAGGUCAUUGGUAAAUAUUACCUUGAUGCCGUAUUGCAAAUUGGAGGUGUACCACAAAGAAUGCGGUCUGACGAUGGCACUGAGAACAGCAUCGUCGAGGCUUUGCAAAUAUUUCUGCGAUCUCAGCAUCACGAUGAGCAUGCUGGUCUUGCCAGUUUUUCAAUUGGUACUUCUACGUCAAAUCAACGAAUAGAAGCCUAUUGGUCUCAUCUUAUUCGGGAUGGGCCUGGAUGGUGGAUAAAUUUUUUCAAGGAUUUACGAGAUUUUGAUUUGUUUAAUGAUUCGGAUCCUGUACAAAUGGAUUUGAUAAGGUUUUGUUUUAUGGAUAUACUAAGAAAUGAAUUACACAAAGUUGCAGAAAUGUGGAACCAACAUAUUAUUGCCCCAAGCAAAUUUGGAAAUAACACUGGACCCAGAGGGAGGCCUGACGUGAUGUUUUUUUUGCCGCAUCUUUUCGACACAGGGGAUUGUAAACAGGAAAUUGACCGGGACGAAGUGAAUGAAUUCUAUGAUUAUUCAAUGUCUGUCAAAGAUUUCUCUGAUGAAUUUGGAGAGUUUGCCUCGUUCGUAAUGACAGAGCUUGGCCUGACAAAACCAACUAAUGCGAAAGAAGCAUUUCAUCUUUAUCUUACUUUGCUACAAAAAAUUGAGACGAUUAAUUAGUUUAAUAAAUUCAACUGAAACACCAAUAUGAAACUAUACAACAAUAUACUACAAAGUGUUAUUAUUUGUAUUACUAAUAUAACCUUACUUAAAAGCGCAUGCAGAGAGUAAUAACCGUGAUC